AUGGCGGAAGAGGAGACACAGACCGCGGAGGAGAUGGCGGCGAACCUCGCGUCGUACAAGGAGCAGCUCGCGCAGGUCGAAUCCCUCCUCGCGGACGAGCCGGACAACGCGGAGUACCUCGACGUCCGAGAGAGCCUCGCGGAGGUCAUCGCGCUGACGGAAGAUCUCUUCGCGUCCGCGACGACGGACGCCGACGCCGCGGCCUCCGCAGCCUCCGCGGACGCCGCCGCGCCGCCGCCGACGUCCUACCCGCCGCCGCCGCCGCACGCCUCCGCGUCGACGACCGCGGCGACUGACCGCGCGGCGGCGACCGCGGCGGCGCUCAUGGCCUACCCUCCCGGCGCGACGUGCCAGGCGCGCUACGACGGCACGUGGUACGACGCGCGGAUCGAUCGCUGGGACGAAGCCGCCGGCGCGGUGCGCGUGUCGUUCCCAGCGUACGGCACGGUCGCGACGGUGCCGACUGUGGACGUCCGGCGGGUCGGUCCGGGGGGGGGUGCCGCGGGGGGUGCCGACCGAGGCGGCGGCGUCGCGUCGGCGGCGUCGGUGGACGCGGGCGCGGAGGCCGCGGCGGGGGCGGCGAGGGAAGUGUACAAGGGCGUGCCCGCGCCGAAGCGUCUGCGCGUCGGCGGCGACGUCACCGAGUUCGUGAAGAAGGAGCUCCCGAAGAAGCUCAUCGUGCUGGAGGGCGACGACGAGGCGACGCGCGAGCGGAAGCGAAAGCAAGCGAAGGCGUUCAAGGGGAAGCAGAGGAUGGCGGAGAUGGACGCGGAGCAAAACGCGAAGAAGAGUUCGUGGGCGUCGUUUCAGAGUAAAGUCGCCGGGAAGAAGCGGACCGGGUUCGUGUCCAAAAAGAUCGGCGUCAAGGCGAAGAGCAUGUUCAGCGUGGGCGAUGGCGGCAGGGUCGGCGUCGUCGGGUCGGGGAGCGGGAUGACCGCGGAGAAAGGCGAGCGGAAGCGCCACGAGUUCGACAAGUGA